UUUAUGAAGCUAAGAUCAUUUGUAUUCAGACUUAUAUUCAUGAGAUUUACGCUAGGUGAAGGAGUUCUUUGACAGUACUCUGCCAAGACACAGAAAAUUGCUUGUCGCCAUUUUGGAUCUUUACUGUGUCUGGGCGUGGGGGUGCUGAGCUCGCAACAACGAUUUGAGUACUGCAUCUUGUUCAUUUUAUUGACUGCUCAACUCGCUUUGUAAUCGUAUAAUCGUGCGCAUUCUCAUCGCAUUGUAAGUACCAGUAGAACUUUGCUGUAACUUGGAAUCAUUAAAGGUUAGAUUCAUGUUGCUUAAAUGCUCAAAGCUGACAUUUCGCCAAUGGCACAAAUGUAGGUUGCUGAGACGACAUCGAUCAGUUGAUAAUUUGUGUACAGCGCCCUUUGUUCCUGAAAGCUUUUAAGCGAUUGGGAUGUUGCCAAAACAUCUAGUGGUGUGCUCAAGCAACUAAUCAUAAUAAUUCCAAAUUGACUAAAUCAACGUUGAAGCUAUACUGGCCUCAAAACUUUUCAGUGCAUGCCACGUGGCUACCGCUUUUGAGCGCCGCAUAGACACAGGAUAACAAUAAUGAUUUUCGUAUAGAUAAGAAGCCAAUCUGACAAGAUCUUUGUCUUGUGGUCAUCCUUUCUUAGAAAAUAAAAAACAUGGUCUCAGAAGGGCGAUGUAAAUCAUUUCCUUCAAAAGUAUGCAACGAGGCUGAUGCUUUUAAUGUAGACGUCGCAAGCUCCACGAACAAGGAUUUCAAAGCUCAUGCAAAUUUUAUGUUAAAGACUUGUAUGAGUUUAGUUGGAGAUCUGAUUGAAUAUUUCUGGGUGGUUACAGUCUCGUUGGCAUCUUUUCGAGAAUACUACAUACGGCGCAAAGUCCACCUUUAUCUCCUUAUCGGGGAUAAAAUGCAUUAUUUAAAGGAGCAGCAGAACUAAAGCGACUGUGUAUGCUGCAACUGUAUGACACAUCUGAAUCGAGUGCGUUUUAUUCAGAGGUAUUUUAAUUGAGCGUAGCCUAUAACACAAUUAGAGUGUAGAUGGAGCAAUGCGAUUAUAUGUGGAAGCAACAGAACGUAUCCCAAGCGAGAAAGCAUUACAAGUGCGAAGACCCGAAUAAUCACCAAUAUACUUAUAAUACAACAAAAAGAGCGUUUCUCAAAAUGAGUCUGUAAACUUUUUGCUGCCAGUGUUGUUACCAAGAGAUUGUAUGCAUCAGAAUGUAGUCACUUCCCAUCGACUCUAUGGUUUUUCUUGCAGACUUCAAGUCGACUAGAUUGAUUUAAACAAAAUAUAUCUCAAGCUGUCGAUUUCACUCGAAAAUUUACCUG